AGCAGCAAACGCGCACAAGCCUCGCUCUCUUCGUGCACGGCUCUCUUUGAGUAAGCAUCUCCGAUCGGUGCAUCAGCAAUCUUCUCGUCGUCAAACUGUGCUCGAGGUAAAGCCUUCAAAAUAUCGAGAAAAAGGAAGCGUAAGAACACCAUGGGCGAAGAAGCCGCCAACGUGAAGAGCGAGCCGCAGAAGAACGCUCAGGACGGUAAAAAUGAGAACAAUACCGGCAACCAGGGUGGCGGCGGUGGCGGAGGAGGCCCCGGUGGUAAUCCAGGAGGCGGAGGUGGUGGCGGCGGCGGCGGCGGCGGCGGAGGUGGAGGUCGCGGUGGACGUGGAGGCCGCGGAGGCGGCGGUGGCAGGGGUGAGAGGAAAGGAGGCUCCAGGUUCUCCGGAGGUGGUGGACGAGGAGGUGGUGGUCAAGGAGGCGGCGGACGCGGUGGACCUAACUCCUCGGGAAAUCAGAUGAACAUGAGCGGCAACGCAAACGACAUGCAGAUCAAAAUGAGCGAGUCCAUGAUCGAGGGCUUGAUGGAUGAGAACAACCUAAUGAAUCAGAGAGGAGGUGGUGGCGGCGGCGGAGGUGGCCGUGGAGGCGGUGGUCGAGGAGGUCGUAGUGGACGAGGAGGCGGUGGUGGAGGUGGUGGUGGUGGUGGCGGAGGAGGCCACGACAGAAGCAUGAUGCAGAGCAGAUCACAAGACGACAGAUUGAUGGAACGUGUCAUGUCAAUCUCUGGACCAACACAUGAACUGCCACCACAAGAUAUUGAAGAGAAAAAGUUCAGCGGCAGGAAUCGUUUAUACGUUGGUAACUUAACUAACGACAUCUCAGAAGAAGAAAUCCAACAGAUGUUCAGUUGUUACGGAGAAAUCUCAGAGCUGUUCAUCAACAAAGAAAAGAACUUUGCCUUCUUAAGACUGGAUUUCCAUGCAAAUGCAGAAAAAGCAAAACGUGAACUAGAUGGUACAGUCCGCAAAGGUCGCGUACUCAAAGUGCGUUUUGCACCACACUCCUCCACAGUCAAAGUAAAGAAUCUCACACCCUGGAUUUCCAACGAACUGCUGGCUCAUGCUUUCGGCGUCUUUGGAGAGCUUGAGCGUGCCGUUGUCAUCGUUGACGAGAGAGGAAAAUCCACUGGCGAAGGUAUCGUCGAAUUCUCGAGGAAACCUUCUGCACAGUUAGCUCUCCGCAAAUGCACAGAAGGCUGCUUCUUCCUCACUGCGUCACUUCGCCCAGUUGUUGUGGAGCCAUUCGAACAGAACGACGACAUCGAUGGUUAUCCUGACAAAAAUUUGCCCAGAAAGAAUGCCGACUUCUACAAAGCGCGCGACGUAGGACCACGUUUCGCGAAUAUUGGAAGCUUUGAACACGAGUACGGUACAAGGUGGAAGCAACUGCACGAGCUGUACAAACAGAAAGAAGAAGCAUUGAAGAGAGAAAUGGCGAUGGAAGAAGAAAAGCUCGAGGCUCAAAUGGAGUUUGCCAGAUACGAGCAUGAGACUGAACUUCUCAGAGAACAGCUCCGUAUGCGUGAAGCUGACCGCGAAAGGCAGAAGCGCGAAUGGGAGAUGAAGGAGAGGCAAGCCGAGGAACAAAGGACCCGCGAGGAGGAACUACGAAGACGGCAACAGGAGGAGAUGGCUCUCCGAAUCAGGCGACAAGAAGAAGAGCUUCAUAGAAGACAGCAAGAGAACAAUCUGUUCAUGCAAGAGCAAGCCAUGCGCGGUGGCGGCAUGGGCGGAGGCAACAUGGGAGGCGGUAUGGGUGGAGGCGGAGGUGGCGGUAGCGUUGCUGGCAAAAAUUUUGACGGUCUGCCACCUGAGCGUGAUGUCUAUCCUCCAGUUGAUGCAGGAAACAGCAUGCCAGUGGAUCCAAAGUCCUUCAUGGACCAAUAUAACAAUAUGGAGCGUAAUAGUCGCGGGGGUUACAAUGAUGAACGCGGCCAGAUUAUGGAUCUGAUGGACAUGAGGGUUGAUAUGGGCAGUAUGGGCAACAAUAGGGGUGGAGCCCCGGGUGGCGGCGGCGGUCGUUGGCAGGGUGGCAACGAUCGUCAGCGGCCCGACGAUUUCCCUAACAAGAGGAGACGUUAUUAAGAAAAGAGAGUUCAAUUAAAAGGACUAGAACCGACAAACUUAUAAGUUUUCGAACCAGAGAUUAUAUUGCUCUUUCGAUGUCUUCAACAACGCGCACGUAUACCGACGCUAAUGUUUUUUUCUUGUUUUAAAGUUUAUUCUGCUUAUCCGGAAAGAAUAAUACUUUUUGACGCUUGAAAGAAAAAUAACUGAUUUUGCGUAUCUUAUCAAAGACACUUUUUUAAACCAAUAACGUAUUUGUAUAUUAAAACAAACUAUGUCUAGAUGAUAAUGUGAUGUGAGAUCGUGCAGGUCAGAACAUACUUGAUUUUGACCAAAUGAGUGGAUUUUAGAACUUAUGCGAACAACACUGCUCGGAGUAGUAGUAAUUUGAAAAGUAUGGCAUCUUUAGCUAAUUAAUUGUGUAGAUUUAAAGUAAGAUUCUUAUGCAAUCUUUAAGCGAUCAAAUGAUAUUUAAUUAAAGUAUUUGUGGUUUUUAAACCAACUGCUUUGAUGGAAAUUCAGUGUGACACUGAUAAAAUUAAAAAUUGUGAUUCAUAUUCUAAUUGACUCUAGUGACAAAUAUUCCUCUUAUAGGACAUUAAUGUGUACUUUAUAAGUAUCAUUACUUAACAAUCAUUAUUUGGUAAUCGCGGUUAAAACUAACAAUCAUAAAAUUAAAUAAUCAAAUAAUUUAAGCACGUUUUAACGUUUUAGUUUGCUAAUAAAAACUAAUGAGUGCAAUUUAGAUUUCAUAAUAAGAGAUAAAUCCAAUGCAAACUAAUUAUUCUAGUAGACUGCUUUCCAUAGAAGUAUCGGUGUUGACUGCAGCAAUUCAUGCAUCCAAUUUUGUUUUUAACAUGACUGAAUUAUCAUCGAAACACUUGGAUAGAAAACUUUAAGAUUAAGAAUCUUAACUCAAUACAGUACUUUGUGGAUACACUGUAGAAGAAACUCGAUAAAUUCAACGACAUUUAAGUCAUAACAAUUAGUCAUACAUCAUUUAUUUCAUACAUUCGCUAUACUGCUGUAAAUUUAAAAUUCAAAAACAUUUAUAUUAUUAAUACAUGCAAUUUUUCUUGAAUAAAUAAUUGUGUAAUAAACUUGAAAGAACUCCAUGAUUUUAUUUGUUGUAAAUUGCACUAAAGCAAUAUUACGCCAUUUAUACCACUUUAAAAUAUUAAUUCAGAUUUGGAAACAUUUAUUACUAGUAGUAAGCCCAAAAUACAAUAAAGCAAUGUUGAUUUAUUGCAUUAAUUUUAGAUUCUUCUACAUUUAAAAUUUGUAUUAGAUACUUUCAUUUGAAUGAUCUUCAAAUAUGGAUACAAACUUAAGAGUAUAAAAACUUUAUAUUUACGUUCAUAUUAUUACUAACUAUUAUUGUUUUCAGCCUAUUUGAGUUUCAAGCAAUUAUCUGUAUGAUAAUUAAAGAAAAGUAUAUUUUUGUGAUAAGAACAAUGUUCUUAUUACAAAUAUAUUCUCAUCAAAGGUAAUGUCACUGCAAUGCAGCUGAUGGAUUUAGAAACUGUUUGUUCACAUCCAACUAUUAAUCGUAAGCUAAUUCUUUGAAUAAAUAUAAAAAAAGAAAAGGAUUGACGUAUUCUUUUUAUUAAUAAUGCUUGUAUAUAUUUGAAAUUAAAGAUUUUUAUUAAGACAUCUAGCCUUGUGUUACGUCAAACCUUUUAAUCAGUAUUUUUGGGAAGGGAAAUAUAAGUUUUUUUCAAAUUGAUAACACUAUACUAGGAUUAAAUUGGUUUAAGCUUAUAUUUAUUUACUGAUCAUCAGUAUUUUUACGUCAUUUAUUGGAAUAUUAUCAUUUUUAACUUUUUUUGUGUGUUAUCAAUCUUAAUUUGACCCUUUUUUGUACGUUUUUUUGCUACGGUUAUUUCUUAUGAUUUGAACAUUAUUAGCCUCAGACCAAUUAUAAUAAUAUAAAAAAAUAAUUACUUCGUUAAUACCAUAAUCUACGAUUUAAAAAUUGUAAUCAAUAUGAGUUUUUUGGACCAAAUAAGAUGGGCACCUACUUCUUAUUAUCUCAACGGCAGGUAGACAAUUGCUGUCAUUAUUUCGAGAUUUUUUGUGCAUUUAUUGCAUUUCUACCAAAAAUUAGAGAUCAACACAAAGAAACAAUUAAACGGAGGAGAGACGACAUUAGGAAGAAUAUGACUUACUUUCUUGAAACCUCUUAGCAAUGAACCACUCGAUUUCGAGAUAUGGACAGUUGCUGGUUGAUUGAACAAACAAACUCUGCUAAAAUGAAUUUCAGAGCUUAAAGAAAACUUGAAACCUUGUCAGCCAUGGAGCAGGACGACUUAUAGCUGGAGCCUAAAGAAUACAUUUCAUUCACUUAUAUGGCCAAGCCUAUAUUUUCUUGCUACGGUACAUCAAAUUCGUGUCACAGAUAGAGAUGGAUGAGCUAAAUAGCGAUCAGCUAUGUUUAUAAAGGAAUUUAAAAUUACUUCGGAGAGUAUCACUCCAACACACUGAUAAAAUAGACCAAAAACUUUGAGGAUCGCAGUAGAUUAAAAAAUGCAAAAGCGAACUAAUAGCAUCGUUUAUCAACUGAGGUAGUAUUCCAAUCCACAGAAUGGUCCCAAUGGCUUUGAUUCAAUGAUUAUGAUGGAGUCUAAUGACUAUUAUAGUCGGUGAUAAGAAGUUAUUGUCCCUUCGCAACUUCCAAGCGUCAAUGAUGGAAAUAGUUCAAUUCCAGUCUUUACAUCUUGAUGACGGUUCACGCGUCGAGAAGUCAUAAACCGUCGUCAGCAGAAGAGUGAAGCAAGAUAUAUAAAAAAAUACAUGUACAAAAAACUUCAAUAAAUAUUAAACUUGUACAACAUAA